AAUAUGAUACAUAGUUUGGGUUAUUUAUGAAAUUAAUCUCAUUCUGAUAUUUCCACGCUCUGGUACGUGAUUAGAGUAAAAUACAAGUCCAAGGAAGGUCUCUUCUCUGUUCUCUGUCUGCAACUUCCGUCCAAACCAGUUUCUUUCUCUCUCUAAAAGACUGCUGUAUCUACAGAAAUCAUGGCCUCCAACAGGAGUCAAGGUGGAAUUCAACAGCUGCUGGCUGCAGAACAAGAAGCCCAACACAUUGUGAAUGCUGCCAGAAGUGCGAAAAUGGCUAGGCUGAAACAAGCCAAAGAAGAGGCUGAAAAGGAGAUUGCUGAAUAUCGUGCACAUGUGGAACUUGAGUUCCAGAAGAAAGUUGCAGCUAGCAGUGGAGAUUCAGGUGCGAAUGUCAAGCGUCUUGAACAUGAAACUGAUGCUAAGAUUCAUCACCUGAAAACGGAGGCAUCAAGAAUAUCUCAGGAUGUUGUCGAAAUGCUUCUGAAGCAUGUCACAACUGUGAGAAACUAAGCCCGGUUAUGGCGGACCUGAAUUAUUACUUAGCCCGGUUAUGCUCAUAUAUCUUUAUAUGUCUUUGCGUUUUUUUUGAAGUUUGACUUCUGAAGCAUAUAACAACUGUGAGAAACUAAGCCCGGUUAUGCUCAUAUAUCUUUUCUUUGUCUUAGCAUUUGUUUGAAGUUUGACUUCUGAAGCAUGUCACGACUGUGAGAAACUAAGCCCGGUUAUGCUCAUAUAUCUUUAUAUGUCUGCAUUUUUUUGAA